AUGUUAUUUGCUUUUCAAUCUUCACAAAAAAAAUCAUCAUUUAAUGAAACAGAUGAUCAACCUUUACAGACAAAUAGUAAAAUUUCAUUUGAAACAAAAUCAACUCAAAGAUUCAAUGGCAAAACAAAUAAACAAGAAAAAUCCUUUAAUGAUAAUGAUAAUAUUUUAAAAAGAACUAGUCAAAUGGAAUCAGCUCAUGAUGGCUUUAUUCAACGACUCCUUCGAGACGAAGCAUCGACGAGACGACGACAACAACGACAACGACAACGAUCAUAUGCUUCAAGUAGUAACAAUUUAUAUGAUAUAGAUAGAACAUUACAAGAUGAAAAUGAUGAUUGGUUUUUUGAAAAAAUUUUAGAAAAAUUCGAAAAUAUUCGUUCAAAUAGAACUGAUAGAUAUAUAAGAUCUCGAUCAAAUGGAUUUAAUAAUUAUGGUGUUGAACGUAUUAUUGAACGCCGUUAUUAUGUUAAAAAACUAAAAGAGAUGCCAAAAUGUAAUCAAAUAACAUCAACAGAUGAUUUAAAAGAAUUUACAAAACGAAAUCGACAAUUAUCAGGUAUAUCAUCAGUAGCAACAACAACAGCAACAUCAUAUUCUCAAUGUUCAUCAUCAACACCAACAUUUAUUGAAAAUAUUCGUAAUCAAUCAAAUUUACUUCGAGAUGAAAUAAGUGAAUUAAAAGAUGAUAUUGAACAACUUCAAACAUCUCAACAAGAAUUUUUUCAACAACUUAAAGUACAAUUGCAACCAAACAUUAAUUCUACAAUAAAAUCAGAAAAUAUAGUUCGACCAAUUGUUGUAUCACCUAAACAAUCAUUAGAAAAAAAAUCAUUAUUCUCAAAUGUACCAGUACCUUCAACUGAUGAUAAACGAUCUCGUUCGAUUUCAACUGUAUCUAUCGCAUCAUCAUCCUCAAGAGCAACUACUGUCAAUUCUGAAUUGACUCCUAAUUCUGCUAACAAAUCUACUCGUGCUCCAUUGGCUGUAAAUGUUGCACCAAUACAAUCAAUAUCUGAAUUUAUUGCAACGAAAAAUUCAUCAAUUCCACCAGCACCACCAGUAAAUGCAAAUGUCAAUUCAAAAUAUUCAUCGACUGCAUCAACAUUAUCAAUUUCGGAAUUUAGCGUGACAAAAACUUCAUCUAUUAAAUCACCACCGCCAGUCAAUACAUAUCAAGGCUCAAAACGAUCAUCAACAACUACAAAUAAUGGUUCAAAACUUACAUCAAUUGCAUCAACACCACCAGUAAAUGCACGCGUUGAUUCAAAAUCGUCAUCAACUUCUUCAACACCACAAAUUUUCGAAUUGAUCAAAACGAAAAGUCCAUCCAUUAAAUCACCACCGCCAGUCAAUACAUAUCAAGACUCAAAACGAUCAUCAACAACUACAAAUAAUGGUUCAAAACUUACAUCAAUUGCAUCAUCAUCACCAGUAAAUGCACGCGAUGAUUUAAAACCGUCAUCAACUACAUCAACACCACGAAUUUCUGCUUUUGUCGAAACGAAAAAUUCAUCCAUUCAAUCCUCAGUACCACCAGUGAAUACAUAUAUUGACUCAAAACCUCCAUCGGUACCACCAUCAACGACUAUAUAUUCGGGUUCAAAACUUUCGUCAAUUGCAUCAACAUCACCAGUAAAUGUACGAGUCGAUUCAAAAUCAUCAUCAACUACAUCAACACCACAAAUUUCUGAAUUUGUCGAAACGAAAAAUCCAGCAUUUGUAUCAAAAUUGAUGGUCAAUACAAAUGUCAGUUCAAAACCUCCAUCAGUACCAACAACAUCAAACGUCAAUACAUAUGUUAAUUCAAAAAUUUCAUCAAUUACAUCAACACCACCACCAACAAGUACAUAUAUUGGUUUAACAUCUUCAUCUAUUGCACCAAGACUACCAGUAAAUACGUACGUUGAUAUAAAACCUCGAUCAGUUUCAUCAACACCAUCAGUUUCGGAUUCCGUCGAAAUAAAAAAACCACUCUUUGUAUCAACAUCAACAACAAACACAUACGUUAAUUCGAAACCUCCAUCAAUACCACGGACACCACCAUUGAAUACAUAUGCAAAUUCAAGACCUUCAUCAACACCAUCAGCUAACGAAUAUAUUGCACCAGAAAGUUCAUUAAUAGAAACAGGAUCUGCCUAUUUUAAACCUUCAUCUUUAACAUCUAAUUCACCAGCACCGUUCCGAUCAAUAUCAUCAGCUCAAGGGCCAGUAUAUGAAAAUGAAUUAGAACAUCGACGUACACUUUCACCUCGUUCUCAAAUUGUUGCAUCAUCAGCAUCAAUUAAUGAAUCAUCGGAUUCAUCGGUAGGAUGGAGUAGUCCAGAAGUUCAUCAUUCAGAUAAUAGAAUUCUUUCUGAGGUUCCUAGAACAAAAUUACAAAAUCGUGAUCUUCAAGCUUUAGUUCAAUAUAGUUCACAACUUGAAUUAUCCGGCUUUCCACCAUCGAUAACUCAUGUUAUAGCUGAUCCAAAUACUAGCAGUACUUUUUGGGACUCAGUCGAUCAAUUUAUUGAAAAUUAUAGAUUAACAACUACAGAUAUAGAAUUAUCACCACUACAAAGAGCUAUGAAUGGAAGUAAUAGAUAUGUAUUCAAUGAUAGUACAACAAGACAAUUAGAUAAAUAUGAUCUUGAAAUAAAACCACGAGAAAUAAUUGAAUCAAGUGCACCACUUCUUAUGCCACCUUUAGACAUUUCAUAA